AUGUCCGUUCCCAGUCUCACCGUUGAGAUUGGGCAAGAGUUCACUGUAUCGUGGACUUCGAGCAACGACUGCAGCGAGCCGCAAGAUGUUGAUAUUUGUCUAAACACAGACACUGUCUUCAUUCCUGUCGGAUCUAUUUCGAGAAAUAAUACAAUCUCAGGCACUGUCGAUAUCACUUUGAACUCGACUAUCCCUCCAGACACAUACACUCUGGGAAUCAGAUUCCCCGGUUGCUCAUUCUUGCUUGCGCAAGAGUUUGACGACUUUGUUGUCGUGUCACCGACUCCGAGAGUAUUAAAGGGCCGUUCCCAUUCGGCAUAG